AGGGGCCAGCUCGCAAAACUUGUCCUCCCCUCUCUUCCCCGUUUUCCUCCUCUCCCCUCGCAUCCGCUCCGCAAACUCCUCUUUCGCAAACCCUAGCUCUCGCCCCCGACCCUCCAUUGCCGCUCGAGUCGCCUCUUCACCGCCGUCAUGGGCUCAGAUGCAGACAUGGAAGACUACGGUUUCGAGUAUUCGGACGACGAGCCGGAGGAGCAAGACGUCGACAUCGAGAACCAGUACUACAACUCCAAAGGUAUGGUUGAGACAGACCCGGAGGGUGCACUUGCUGGUUUUGAUGCUGUAGUUCGCAUGGAGCCUGAAAAGGCGGAAUGGGGAUUCAAGGCUCUCAAACAAACUGUGAAGCUUUAUUAUAAGCUGGGGAAGUACAAAGAAAUGAUGGAUGCUUACAGAGAGAUGUUGACAUACAUAAAAUCUGCUGUGACACGUAACUACAGUGAGAAAUGUAUAAACAACAUAAUGGAUUUUGUUUCUGGAUCUGCUAGUCAGCACUUCAAUCUUCUGCAAGAGUUCUACCAGACAACACUUAAAGCUCUUGAAGAGGCAAAAAAUGAGAGAUUAUGGUUUAAGACAAACCUGAAGCUUUGCAAAAUUUGGUUCGACAUGGGGGAGUAUGGUCGCAUGAGCAAGAUACUGAAGGAGCUGCAUAAGUCUUGCCAAAAGGAAGAUGGUUCUGAUGACCAGAAGAAAGGCACACAACUUCUAGAAGUCUAUGCUAUUGAGAUUCAAAUGUACACUGAAACAAAAAACAACAAAAAGUUAAAGGAAUUGUACCAGAGGGCUCUUUCUAUUAAAUCAGCAAUACCUCAUCCAAGAAUUAUGGGUAUAAUUCGUGAAUGUGGUGGGAAGAUGCACAUGGCCGAGAGGCAGUGGGCGGACGCAGCGACUGAUUUCUUUGAAGCAUUCAAAAACUACGACGAAGCUGGCAAUCCACGGAGAAUCCAGUGUCUCAAAUAUCUUGUUCUUGCCAAUAUGUUGAUGGAGUCUGAAGUGAAUCCCUUUGAUGGACAAGAGGCCAAGCCGUACAAAAAUGAUCCUGAAAUCCUCGCAAUGACAAACUUGAUUGCAGCAUACCAGAAGAAUGACAUCAUGGAAUUUGAGAAGAUCCUAAAGAGCAAUAGAAGAACAAUAAUGGAUGAUCCUUUUAUCCGUAAUUACAUUGAGGACUUGUUGAAGAACAUCAGAACUCAAGUGCUGCUCAAGCUCAUUAAGCCAUACACAAGAAUAAGGAUUCCAUUCAUUUCACAGGAGCUAAAUGUCCCAGAAAAGGAUGUUGAGCAGCUCUUGGUGUCAUUGAUUCUGGACAACCGUGUCCAAGGCCACAUAGAUCAGGUGAACAAGCUGCUAGAAUGCGGUGACAGGUCAAAGGGAAUGCGGAAAUAUCAAGCCAUCGACAAGUGGAAUACUCAGCUCAAAUCUAUUUACCAGACGGUGUCCAACAGAGUUGGGUGAGAGAUGGCAGGUUUCCAUUAGUACCUGCUGGUUGAGUUGUUUUGGUAUCUGGGGGCUUAAAUGUGAAGGAGCAUCUUGUCCGUGAGGUAGAUCCUGGACGUGGGUAAAGUAACUUGUCACUGUAAUGAACGUAGCACUCCAGUUUGUGGAUUAUAUCCUCUUUAUCUUUUCUGUGAUUUGGCCAGCGGGAUGCUGGGAUUUUGUCCUGA